GAAAGGGAGCGGCAAAGAGACAAGAGACAGGAAGAGAGGGUGAAGCGACAAAGAGACAAGAGACAGGAAGAGAGGGUGAAGCGACACCUGCGGGAAUCGGACACCAAACCAGCAGGACCACAUUUCAGCUUCGAGUUGGGAAUCUAUUUCAUCUGUGGCUGGAUGGAAAAGGCAAAGAAAUUCAGAGGAACGUUAUUCCUUCUCCUCAUAGCUUCCUUCCUCUUCAUCCUCUGCAUCACUGUGAGAACACCCAGGACGUACAGGACCAUCCCAAAGCCGCGCUUGCCUCCUAACACUUGCCCCUUUCAUAUCUCUGAGCAGACCAUCACCCCCCUCAACAAUACCAAGGACUUACUGGUGUCUGCCUACAUGGACCAGAGAGUGAAGGGCUUGGAUAUACGCAUCAUUGGUAUAUUUAGGAAAGACUCCAUCCAACCCCUUUACUGUCUCUUCUGCUGUGCAGGCCAGGUAUCAAGAACAACUCCAACAACAAUUUCAAAACACUUAGACAACUUUAGUUUUGCCUUCACCACUACGGAUGUCAUGUGUCAGAUUCCUCAAAAGUGCAACGCUACACAUGUCAGUCUCCUGACAAAGCCGGAUAGAGUGAGGGGCUCUAACCAGACGUGGCUUCCUAUAAGGAACCAGAAGACCAAUGGGAAGGAGGAGAACAAGUUGCAGUUUAACUUCACAGUCUGCAUCUCCACCCUGUUUGGAGACUACAACAAUGUGCUUCAGUUUGCACAGACUCUGGAGAUGUACAGGUUGCUGGGUGUGGACAGGGUGGUGAUAUAUAACACCAGCUGCGGCCCAGAACUCAACAGCUUGCUGCACAGUUACAGCCAGGAGGGCUUUGUGGAGAUGGUCCCCUGGCCCAUCGACCGGUUUCUGAAGCCAUCGCGUGGCUGGCUCUUCUCACAGAGCGGGGGGGACAUGCACUACUUUGGCCAGCUGACCACGCUUAAUGAGUGCGUGUACAGAUCCAUGGCCCGUUCACGCUAUGUGCUGUUGAACGACAUGGAUGAGAUUAUAAUGCCAUACAAACACAACAACCUGAUGUCUCUGAUGGACAUGCUCCAACAGCAGCAUCCAAAUACAGGAGUGUACCUCAUCGAGAACCAUAUCUUCCCCAAGAAACAUUUUGAGCCCAGUGGGAGGUUUCACCUGCCUCAGUGGAACGGGGUGCCAGGAGUUAAUAUUCUGGAGCACAUCUACAGGGAGGACCCCGACAGAAAUGUAUACCACCCGCACAAGAUGAUAAUUCAACCAAGGUUGGUGGAGCAGACCUCAGUGCAUGAAGUGCUCAAGAAUUUUGGACAACGGUUCAGGGUUCCAAUGGACGUUUGUCGUAUCAUUCAUGUCCGCGUGGCGCUGCGGGGGUCGUUAACGCUGCAGCAGCUCAAUGAGGACAAACGACUGUGGGACUUCCAAGAAAAACUGAUUCCUAAUGUGGACAAAGUUCUGAGGAGAGUGGGGAUGCUGAGCUCAGAGGGGCAGAACUGAUGGAUGGGAUGCACAGACACAAAUGCUCAACAGGUUGAAUUUGACCCUCAACUUUCAUAGCAUCCAUUGUUUUCUGAAAUGUUUUGAUAUUUUGCUCUCCCCUUGCAUUUGAUCUGCAACUGAUAUUUUGAAUAUUCAAACAAAUGAAGCUCAAUCAGGAAGACCUUUAUGCUUCAUUCAUUCUCAAUUCUCUCUCUCACUUCUCCAGCUGCUUCCAAUCAGCUCAUUAUGGGCGUCCACUCUUUUAGUUAACCAACUACAUUUUGCCGCGAUCUCCAACAGCCAAACUUUCUAAUAUCUAUUAGUAUAUACAUAUAUUCAAACCUCAGACUCUAUACAUGAUGUGAUCUGAGACUAGCCUUCUCAUUUUGGAGGAUUUUUAAGUCUGAGGGACACCAAUGCUCAACAGGUUGAAUUUGACCCUCAACACUUCUUAACAUCCUGGAGUGUCACUGCCGUUGUUUUCUGAAAUGUUUCCCCUCAUUAAAACUAGACUGAAGUGAAUGCUGCUCAGUUGUCAAUAUUUUAUCAAUGCUCAACUUUUAAAGAGCUGUUGAUGUACAGUGUGCUUUGAUUGUGACAAGGUCUGUAGAUUAACUGGGUCAUGAUUUCUGGAACGAGACAUUGCUGUUGAGCUUUUCAAAUGUGAGGUUUAUCUAGGAAAUGACCUGGUACAGUUAGGAAGUAUCUGCUGGUGAGGAUGUGUGUGUGCUUAUAAACUCAACGGCUGUGACCUUAGAGAUAACCGGCAUUAUUGACUAAAUAAAACUAGACUGCUCCAGCUUUGCUGAGAUAUUUUACAAGGUUAUUUUUUAGGUCUUUCUAAAUAACCAACUUCUUAGCUGUUGGGCCUAAAAGAGGAUUUAUUUUAUUUUUUAUCUUGUACAUAUCAAUGUCUUUUUUUUUAAGUCGAAUCUGAAUCUUCUGAAAAAUAAAUACCCAGCAGUCUUUUAAAAACUCCAGAACAUUAUUUAACAACAUCUACACCUGCUCUGAAGAUCUUUCCAAAAACCUGUAAAGACUCAUCUAUGGGAUAAAAAAAUAUUCAGUGUGUCACAGGAAAAACAUUUUUCAAGUCACCCCACAUAUACAUAUAGGACUCGGACACAUUUAAAAAAGCAUCAUCAUUUGGAAACUAUUUAUUGAACAUUUGCAACCAGAUAUCAGUUAAAUACAGAACUUUCAUUUCUCUCUCUACAUCCCCCAACAGCAGGGACUGGCUCCACUUCAUUACACUGAGAGGAGGGAAUGUUACAGGACUUGGUAAGGCGCACACUGUGCUGGAAGUCAUUUGGCUUUCUGUCUUCUGAUAAUAAAGAAAAAACAAAAUCUGAGUCUGCCUCUUAAAUGUCCAAAACUGCUUCCUCUCCCCGCAGCUAGAUCCUGCGCGUACA